UAUGAGCGGUCGGCGAGAUAGGUUUUUAUCAGGGGAAGUCGGUCCGCCGAUUGAUCCGCGAGGUUUGGUCUCCAAACGAAUACUGAGGCAAACAUAAACGACAGGUAAAGAACAGGUAACCAACGGUGUCAGGCUCUACACAUGACACGUUAGAAAUGGACAAUUUUUUCUUCUUAUCGGUGAUAUGAAAUACAAUGGCCGCCGCAAUAUUCUACGUUUGGGUUCUGCUGUUUUUCACCUGCUUUGAAAAAGAAGUGGAAUGUAUUGGUGGUUCCAGCCAUGAUUGCUACAAAGUGGACGGCACCACGAGUGUUAAAGGAGUUUACUUCGGGUACAUACACGUGCAGAACCAGACAAUCGGCAGCAUUCAGUUUGUUAACAACACAGGGACCAAAUGUGUCUGUCGAUUUCCAAACAGCAGCUACACAAUCCAGAAUGUGACUUAUUACGGCGAUAGAAACAUACCCACAAUCCAGAGUUUUUUCGAUCAAGGAUGUCGUAUAGUAAGCAACAGCGGGGUGCAAAGACCCGGAUAUAGCUGUCGUGUCAACAUCACCGGAGUCAACAACAAUUUUGACGUGAAUUGCUCAAACAUUACCAUCGGACCAACAACUGGCCCAACAAUAACUUCAACCAUUGAUAAAUCUUCAGAGCAGACGACAAGUUCACAACAGACUCCAGAAAUAUCAACCAAGACUCGGUCAACAUCAUCCUUAACAUUUACAUCAAACACAUCCCAAACCCCGACCUCAGAUACAUCAAUCAAAUCAACGUCCAAAUCGGUAUCUGUUUUUACGACACAGUCGAGCGAGUCUUCUAAACACUCAACAAACCCUGCGUCUAAUCACGUGACUUCUUCAUCUGUAACUCGGACAACUGAUUUUGUAACACACAAGCUACAAACAUCAACCUCUAAUCAUGCAUCAACGACAACAACUAGUACAACUAGAAGAGUAUCAGAAGUCUCGUCUAAUCAACAACUGGUGUCAACUUCCGGACACGAGAAUCCGUCGUUGACCCCAACAAUCAAGUCUUCUGUCGAGUAUGGAAUCUCCUCUACAGCCCAGUCAACGGGCGAACACAUUGAAACCACGACAAAACACAAAUCAGAAAGAAAAAGUGAUCUAAAACUGGAGAUUAUUAUCCCCCUUGUUCUCGCCAUAGCACUGAUCAUCUUUAUCAUUGCUGUGUUUAUUUGUAUAAGGAAACAACGUGAAAAGAAGCGGGUGUUCAAGUAUGAAGUCUCACCAACACCGAGCGUGCGCAGUAAAGCUUCCGACAAGGAAGAGAUCUUGAAAUACAAUAAUGAAUUUUAUAGUGAACACGGAACGAAACAUAACAUUCUGUACGAGGGAGAGGACUACUGCGAGCACGGUAUAUUCAAUAAAGCUUUUAUCGAGACGCACCCCGAGGCAGCGAGGAAGAAGGAGGAUGAGAGAGUCUAUGCACCGACGUUACGCGCAACUGGGAGUGAAUCUGAAACUCCCGCGGAGGAUUUCGUAUUAGAAGAUGGAUAAAAACGAGAUUCACUAUUAACUUUUCUUUCUCUGAUUAAUAAAGCUCUGCUUUGAAUAUUCAGAUUAUAUACAGGGUAAUAAGUGCAGAUUAUGCUCAAAGACAUAAUUAUGCAGAGUAUAUGUAGACGAUUUUAUUUUCUCAAGAAUUUUAUGUUACUUUAUUUUUUAAAGUUGAUCCAAUAUUAUACCAUGUGUAGAUAUCAUUACAUGUUUGAAACCUCUUGAAGGACAAGACAGCAGAAUAAUAGCUAGACCUGAUGGCUGAGAUUGCAUUAUUUUGAAAAAUAUUAAUUUCGUAAUGUGCUUGUAUAUCAAAAUAGAUCAGUAUAGAAAUUUAGUUUAUUAUGGCAGUGCAUUAUGUGAUGUUUUGCGAGGAUGAUAUCUUUUAAAUUUUUAUCAAUAUGUAUAAUAUA